GCCAAGGAGGAGCUCUCGCCCGAGAAAUCUACCUUCUCAUCUGUUAAGAGUGCAACCACGCUAUGGGGCAGACAAUCAGCAUCUUCAUCUCCUGUACCAGCAAAGACAAGGUCGCCGAUCAAACUACCCACCAAAGCAGAUGAGCAAGCCGCUAUGGAGGAUGCUGGCCUCGUCCGCUCACCACAGUCGCACACAAAACCUCUGCCGGAAACGCCACUAUCGAAACCUCAACCCGCUGUUGAAUCGAAACCCUUACCGCCAAAGCCAAAGCCGGCGGGUCUAGGUUUCAGUCUAGGCAGCUUGGGUGGUUAUAUGGCAUCCCGCUCACGAGAGUCAAGCCCACAGCCGCCCACGGGCUUUCCUGCAUCACCGCCAAGCAGUGCAGGCAGGCCAAAGUCUGAAUCUUUCAAAGCAUCCCCAACCCCGCAGAAAUAUGAGGUUGCCGGAGAAUAUAGAUACAGUCCACGUAUUGAAAUCGCCGCCGUUUGACCUUGGACCUGCUGGAAAAAUCCGCACACUGCGCAAGCAGAUACAAGAAGUGACAGGGGACGGCAAGCUCUCACCAGUACCGGUGCAGGAAGAACAUGUUUUAUUCCAAGACUCAAUGUAUCUUUGUACACAUGUGUACGGAGAUUCGAAAGGUGCACGCCACACAGAUGUCUAUCUCUGGGUAGGUAGCGGCAUCGCAGAGCCGACUCUUGAGGACGCUCAGCUUUUCGCAAGGAACCAUGCCAAACAGAAUCAAGGACAGCUGCUCAUCAUCCGGCAAGGCCAAGAACCCCCCAAUCUCUUUGAAGCUCUCGGUGGCAUCGUCAUCACGCGCCGCGGCGCGAAACCAGCGUCCAAGGAGUUUAUGCUUUGUGGGCGUCGCCAUCUCGGGCACCUCGCCUUCGACGAAGUAGACUUCUCCCUCAAGAGCCUCUGCUCCGCUUUCCCUUACCUAGUCUCUACAACCGCGGGAAAAGUCUACCUGUGGAAGGGACGCGGCUGCUCUGCCGAAGAACUGUCUGGCGCGAGACUGAUGGGCAUGGACCUCGCGCCCACCGGCGACUUUGCUGAAAUCGAAGAAGGCACCGAGCCUCAGGACUUCAUAAAAACCUUCCCUUCUCCUGCAAUCCCGACUAAGGGUCCUGCUAUCCCGCGUUCAGCAGACCACUGGCGCUACAAGUCCACGUCUGAUAAAUACCGACCUCGCCUCUACAAGAUCGAACAGCAUAGUGAGCAACACGCUGGUUGGGGACAGGCACUCCAGACGCCAGUUUCGCCGAGUGGAGUGCGGACCGAGAUUAAGGAAGUCAUGCCGUUUUGUCAGCGGGAUCUGGAGCCGGAGCAUGUAUAUGUCCUGGAUGCCUUCUUUGAGAUGUAUAUUAUCAUCGGCUCCUUGUCCCGCACCCAAUCGCACGCCUUUAGUACCGCGCUCCUUUUCGCACAAGAGUAUGGCAUCCUAGCCGUCUCCGAGGAAGACCGACCCUUCAUGCCAGUGACAACUGUGGUCUUGGAGGGUGUACCAAGAGAUAUGAAGGCCGUUUUCAGACACUGGGACGACCGACUAAUCCCCGCCGCUGGGCUAAUGACCGGCAAGUUGGGACGCGGAAAGAGUCUGAGGAUUGUUGGACUAGAGAAGGCGUUGGAGGGGACGAGACGGUAAUCGGCAUGAAGACAUGACAAUAGACAUUCGACUGCUCGGCACGCGAAAGCAAGUACGCGUCUGGAUGAUUCACAUAAUGUU